GCUGGCCCGGCAGGGGCGGGACUAGCUGACGGUGAAGGUUGUGUGUGAAAAGUGUAUGACUAACAGGAGCGGAGCGGGUAGUACGGUGAGCUGUCCCUAACCUUACCAAAAUGACCAAGCUGGGCUUUUUGCGCCUGUCCUAUGAGAAACAGGACACGCUGCUGAAGCUGCUCAUCCUGUCCAUGGCUGCUGUCCUCUCAUUCUCCACCAGACUGUUUUCUGUCUUGAGGUUUGAAAGUGUCAUCCAUGAGUUUGAUCCGUACUUCAACUACCGUACCACCCGCUUCUUGGCAGAAGAAGGAUUUUAUAAGUUUCACAACUGGUUUGAUGACAGGGCAUGGUAUCCUCUGGGGAGGAUCAUUGGUGGCACCAUCUAUCCAGGACUGAUGAUCACAUCUGCCGUCCUGUAUCAUGUCCUACAUUUUUUUCACAUCACCAUUGACAUCCGUAACGUUUGCGUCUUCCUGGCUCCUUUGUUCUCCUCCUUCACUGCCAUAGUUACCUACCACUUCACCAAGGAGCUGAAGGAUGCAGGUGCUGGGCUCUUGGCUGCUGCCAUGAUCGCUGUGGUUCCUGGUUAUAUCUCUCGAUCUGUUGCAGGCUCAUAUGAUAAUGAAGGUAUUGCCAUCUUCUGCAUGCUGUUGACGUAUUACAUGUGGAUCAAGGCUGUGAAAACAGGCUCAGUCUACUGGUCAUCCAUGUGUGCUCUGGCCUACUUCUACAUGGUUUCCUCUUGGGGUGGCUACGUGUUCCUGAUCAACCUUAUCCCCCUCCAUGUCCUGGUGCUGAUGCUCACCGGCCGAUUCUCUCACCGCAUAUAUGUAGCUUACUGCACAGUCUAUUGCCUGGGCACCAUCCUCUCCAUGCAGAUCUCUUUUGUUGGUUUCCAGCCAGUGCAGUCAUCAGAGCACAUGGCAGCCUUCGGUAUGUUUGGCCUCUGCCAGAUUCAUGCCUUUGUGGACUACCUACGCAGCAAACUCAAUGCCCAGCAGUUUGAGGUGUUGUUCAAGAGCGUCAUAUCCCUGGUGGGCUUCAUCCUACUGUCUGUUGGAACUGUUCUCAUGCUGACAGGUAAGAUCUCUCCCUGGACUGGUCGUUUCUACUCCCUGCUGGACCCCUCCUAUGCCAAGAACAACAUCCCCAUUAUUGCUUCUGUCUCUGAGCAUCAACCCACCACCUGGUCCUCCUACUACUUUGACCUCCAGCUGCUCGUCUUCAUGUUCCCAGUUGGCCUGUACUACUGCUUUAACAACUUAUCUGACGCUAGAAUCUUUAUCAUCAUGUAUGGAGUGACCAGCAUGUACUUCUCAGCUGUCAUGGUGCGUCUGAUGUUGGUGCUGGCCCCUGUCAUGUGCAUCCUGUCGGGCAUCGGUGUGUCCCAGGUACUAACCACCUACAUGAAGAAUCUGGAUGUGAGCCGACCAGACAAGAAGAGCAAGAAACAGCAGGACUCCACUUACCCUAUCAAGAAUGAGGUUGCCAGUGGGAUGAUUCUGGUCAUGGCCUUUUUCCUCAUCACAUACACCUUCCACUCUACCUGGGUGACCAGCGAGGCCUACUCCUCUCCCUCAAUUGUCCUGUCUGCCCGUGGCGGUGACGGCAGCCGCAUCAUCUUCGAUGACUUCAGAGAGGCUUACUACUGGCUCCGCCACAACACUCCUGAGGAUGCCAAAGUCAUGUCAUGGUGGGAUUAUGGGUAUCAGAUAACUGCCAUGGCCAAUCGAACCAUUCUAGUAGACAACAACACAUGGAACAACACUCACAUCUCCAGAGUUGGACAGGCCAUGGCGUCCACAGAAGAGAGGGCCUAUGAGAUCAUGAGGGAGCUGGACGUCAGUUAUGUCCUGGUCAUCUUCGGAGGUCUGACGGGUUAUUCCUCAGAUGACAUCAAUAAGUUUUUGUGGAUGGUUCGGAUUGGAGGGAGCACAGACACAGGCAAACACAUCAAGGAGCACGACUACUACACUCCCACUGGGGAGUUCAGAGUGGAUCGUGAAGGCUCACCUGUGCUGCUCAACUGCCUCAUGUACAAGAUGUGCUACUACCGCUUCGGCCAGGUCUACACAGAGGCCAAGCGCCCACCUGGUUAUGAUAGAGUGAGAAAUGCUGAGAUUGGGAACAAAGACUUUGAGCUGGAUGUGUUGGAGGAGGCCUACACAACAGAGCACUGGCUGGUCAGGAUAUACAAGGUGAAAGAUCUGGAUAACCGAGGUCUUUCAAGAACAUAAACGAUCAGAUGGCAGUGAAUGAGAGCCUUUUAGCGCACAGCACUGAACACCUUCCCCUGUGGUCUGCAGAUGAGUGAGAAAGGAAAAAAAGAGUACUUUUUUAUACUUUUUGUUUUUGGGGAAGAAAGUUGCAUCAAAGAGAUUUUUUUUUUUGUGGAUGAUUUUCUUUUUUUAUUUUGUUAUAAUGAAAUGUCUCAUCUGGGAUCAGAGGAAGCAAGUGUCUAAACAUCCAGUCUGAUGUCCGGAGUUUUCCAUGGUGGUCAGAAGAAUCCAGUGUUCAUUUGAGAAGUUAAGAUUUUUACAGUCUGUUCAAAUAAAGUGGGAAUAAUCGGGAAGAAAAUUGUGACUUUUCUUUCUUCUCAAUCUGUACAGAGUAAUAUGAAACAUCUUAAAUUGCGGCUCUGUCAUUUAAACAAUAGACAGGUUAAAGGAGCAACAGUGACGUUUGUGUGUUCUGAGCAAUACCUGUUUGUUCACUGUCGCAGCAGUGAUAAGACACCGGUGCUUUUUCUCAGAACCAGUGCUGUGUUGUCAUAAAAAACACAAUCGAUUUGCUGUUCUUUGUUAUGGAAAUGAAAUAAUGGAGUUCCUUUGUACUAUAAAUCAAAGAGCAAUGCUCCGA